ACACUCUGCCGGAGCUUCAGCUGCGUACGUGUUUUUCUGCACCUAUUUUUAAUUCUUCAUACUAGAUGCUCUUUCUAGCAUGUUUUCCACCAAGUGUUAUUCUUCUAGUACGUCACCGUACGAGAGUAUCAUAUUGGUCGAACCGCCGAUGAUCGAUCGGCAUGUAUUCCAAGCGAAUAUAAAGGAUCGCGAGCGCCAGACUGCGAUGUUAACGAAGGCUAUAGCUGCACAGCGUAGCAUCUGGGAUAACCGGAAAGCAGCAUUUGAAUACUUCGUGAAGCGCGCGCCAUGGAAGACAUGGGAUAUUCGAAUUGUGGUUAUCCACGUUAAUCACGGUCUUCGCCCACUGGACCCUGAACAUCCGUUGGAUUCAGUCACCACGAAAUGUGACAAACGCCACGAAUCGGGUGGUUUCAUUGAUUUCGAACCGACCUUCGAUGCUGCUGAGCAGAUCGAAAAAGUUUGCGCAACGAUCCCAAUCCAUAUCAUCUACGGCAAAAAGGACAGCCUCGUUCCGCAAUAUUCGCAAGACAGCCUUUCUGAUUUAUCUAAAGCCCGAAAGCCAGCCUCUGUUGCGAGGAUUUCUUCGGGAGGACACCUGGUGGUCCAAGAAGACCCUGACGCUGUAUCAGCCCAAAUUUUAAACAUUCUCAAUCGGCCGAAUCGUGACGGUGUUAUCCCUAGGCUUUAGCCUUAGCCAGGACGACGGUGCUUCGUAGGUUCAGGGAUUAGUAUGUUGAAAGUUAGGAGGAUGACUAUGGUUGGUUUUACAGGAAGCGUUGAGGGGGGAGAUUAGAAUAUCAAUCUACAAACAUAUCCCUUGUGUGCAAGAUGUGACCACUAUUUAUUUAUAGACCACCCCCAAGAUAAAGCAAUUCCGACUUCUUCGCAUAGGCCCCUACCUACAUUAAAUACUCGCGGCCUUUGUCAACAAGUGUCGUUCUUGUCAUACACUUGGCAUCCAGUAAGGACUGCGG